ACCAGAUGAUCUUGCUUGUUUCAUAGAAUGUUCAGAAAAACUCUAACUUCAAUCCAACGAAGACACUUCUCUUCGUCUUCUCCUGAAAGUCCUUCCCUUUACUCUUUCCUCAAACCCUCUCUCUUCUCCAACAAGCCAAUCACUCUCACUCCUUCACUAUCGCCACCUCAAAACCCCAAAACCCUAACCCAAGAUCAAAAAGCGUCCUUUGAAUCUGCCCUUCACGAUUCCUUAACUGCCCAGAACACCGAUGAAGCAUGGAAGGCUUUUCGAUCUCUCACCGCCGCUUCUUCCCUCCCCGAGAAGCGUCUCAUCAAUUCCCUUAUUACCCAUUUGUCCAAUACCGAAGGAAGCGGUGAAAACACCUCUCAUAGGCUCAAACGAGCCUUUGCUUCUGCUGCUUAUGUAAUUGAGAAAGAUCCAAUUUUGCUGGAGUUUGAGACUGUUCGUAGUGUUCUGGAGUCGAUGAAACUGGCGAAAGCUUCAGGGCCAGCGUUGGCUUUAGUGAAGUGUAUGUUUAAAAACAGGUACUUUGUUCCUUUUGAUCUCUGGGGGCAUUUGAUUAUCGAUAUCUGCAGAGAAAAUGGAAGCUUGGCUGCGUUUCUUAAGGUGUUUAAGGAAAGUUGUAGAAUUGCUGUAGAUGAGAAGCUUGAUUUUAUGAAACCGGAUUUGGUAGCGAGUAAUGCGGCUCUCGAGGCGUGUUGUCGGCAGUUGGAAUCUCUGGCUGAUGCUGAUAAUGUGAUUGAAUCUAUGGCUGUUUUGGGUGUGAAGCCUGAUGAGUCGAGCUUUGGGUUUCUUGCUUAUUUGUAUGCUAGGAAGGGGUUUCGAGAGAAGAUAAGUGAGCUUGAGAAUUUGAUGGAUGGUUUUGGGUUUGCAAGUAGAGGAAUCCUUUAUUCCAAUAUGAUCAGUGGAUAUGUUAAGAAUGGUGAUUUAGAUAGUGUUUCUGAUGUUAUACUGUAUAGUCUUAAAGGAGAUGGAAAAGACUCGAGUUUUGGUGAGGAAACGUACCUUGAAUUGGUAAAAGGGUUUAUAGAGAAUAAAAGCGUUAAAAGUUUAGCGAAAGUGAUAAUCGAAGCUCAGAAGUUGGAAUCGUCUUCCAUUGAUGCUGACAGUUCAGUUGGCUUUGGAAUUAUAAAUGCUUGUGUCAAGCUUGGAUUCUCAGAUAAAGCACAUAGUAUUCUCGAGGAAAUGAUUGCUCAGGGAGGAGGAUCUGUGGGGAUUGGGGUUUAUGUGCCAAUCUUAAAAGCCUAUUGCAAAGAGUACAGAACAGCUGAAGCUACUCAGCUGGUUACAGAGAUCAACAGCUCUGGCCUUCAGUUAGAAGUCGAGAUCUAUGAUGCUUUGAUCGAAGCUUCCAUGACAAACCAGGAUUUCAUAUCUGCGUUUACAUUGUUUAGGGAUAUGAGAGAAACAAGAGGGGCAGAUUUGAAAGGGAGCUACUUAACAAUAAUGACAGGUCUCCUUGAGAACCAGAGACCGGAAUUAAUGGCAGCGUUUUUAGACGAAGUUGUUGAAGACCCUCGUGUCGAAGUAAAUUCCCAUGACUGGAAUUCGAUUAUCCAUGCCUUUUGUAAAUCCGGGCGCUUAGAAGAUGCAAGGAGGACAUUCAGAAGGAUGGUUUUCCUCCGCUAUGAGCCAAACAACCAGACAUACUUAUCCCUGAUUAAUGGAUAUGUGAGUGGCGAAAAGUACUUCAACGUCCUGCUUUUGUGGAACGAGAUUAAAGGGAAGAUAUCGUCCGUGGAGGCAGAGAAGAGGUCAAAACUAGACCAUGCUCUAGUCGAUGCGUUCUUGUAUGCAUUGGUGAAAGGAGGGUUCUUUGAUGCAGCGAUGCAAGUGGUAGAGAAAUCCCAGGAGAUGAAGAUAUUUGUGGAUAAGUGGAGGUAUAAGCAAGCAUUCAUGGAGACUCACAAGAAACUUAGAUUGCCAAAGCUGAGGAAGAGGAACUACAAGAAAAUGGAAUCCCUCGUUGCCUUUAAGAAUUGGGCUGGUCUCAACACAUGAUAAAACCUUUCAGGACACAAGC